AGGAGUGGGGAAGUAUUUGUCAAACGAGAAAGAUGAUAUCAAAACGAAAGUGAUGAAUACGUACAUUCUGAAUGAAUGGAAAGGAAAAUAUGAAUAUAAUUUCAUUAAAUCAGAAAGUACGUGGCAGACUCACAUCGCGCUGGACGCUUUUUCAUUAAUGAGCAAAUAAAGUUCAGGUGGGGAAACGAUCGACUGUGCGAGGUCGAGGUGCGAAGCUCGUUUCAGAUUUCGCCUAGUGAUCUUCAUCUAGAGUUUAUCUGGGUCACUUCACUUGAGUUUUAUAUCUUUUUGGUGAAUUUCCCAUAAAUUCUUUAUUGCCAUUGAAGUAUGGCAAGUGUGAAAGAAAAUAAAAAGAAAGAAGCUUCUGCUUUAAUUCAUAAUUAUUUGAUAGCUUACAAUGCCAUACAGACAAUUGGAUGGUCAUUCCUUUUGUACCAAUUGAUAACCUACUACCUCUCUCAAAAUGAUGCUAAAUCGGACAAGUCCCUCUAUGAUACUGUUAAAUACACUUUGAUUAUAUUUCAAAAUGCCGCUAUUUUAGAAGUGAUCCAUGCCUUUUUAAAAUUUGUCUCUUCAAAUCCCAUCGUAACAGUUCAACAGAUUUCUUCUCGAGUUAUUGUAGUGUGUGGUGUUCUUAUGGUAACCGAGUCAUCAAGAGAAUCUCUAGGACUCCCAUUGGCACUCUUUGCUUGGUCAGUUACAGAAGUCAUUCGAUAUGGAAACUACACAUUCACUCUUCUUGGUUAUGUUCCUUAUUUUAUUAAAUGGUUAAGAUAUACCACAUUCAUAAUCCUGUAUCCUAUUGGAGUUACUGGAGAGUUAUUGUGUCUGUAUGCAGCUCAAUGGGAAAUAAGAAAGACAGGAUUCUUGUCUGUACAAAUGCCAAACACCCUAAACUUCAUUUUCAACUAUUCUCAUUUCCUAAUCCUUGUUAUGACGAUGUACAUUCCUUUCUUCCCUCAGUUAUAUUUGCACAUGUUCACCUUAAGAAGAAAAGUUCUAGGGGGUCAAACACCUGUGAAGAAGCUGAGUUAACUCUGUUCUACAAACUGUUGCCCUUUUGUUGAGAUAAUAUUUUAUUUAUGAAUGUUCAAAAAAUAUAAGAUACAGGUUGUUCAUAUUUAUUUUUGUAUCGAACUGUUCAUAUGGAAUGUAUAAAGUUAGAUUUUAUUUUAAAUUCCUUGGUA